UACACUGCAGAACCAUUGACGCAUGUAUCACCCAAUUUAAACAGAGACCGUGCCGAUCAUCAUUUUGUACUCUGUUCACUCUUUUUGUGUGAGCUAGGAAGCAUGCACAGUAAGUGACGGUGACUUCGAGCUACAUAGGGAUGCAACAUAAUCAUGACAUAAACAUGUGUAGCUGGCUGGUUUGAGUCUCCACGAAACAUGAUAAUUUCAAUGGCAUGCUCAUACAAUUGCUAUUCUCACUAAACCAAUAGGCUAUAAUCGUGCAGACUUAAUUGCUAAAAUCACGGAGGCGUGCUGGUGCAUUCACCUCGUGAUGUCUUUGUGUUCAGCGCAUUUUAGAAUCAUAUUCUGGAGGUUAGAAUGCGCCGGCUUCGUGGCAUUCCACCCAGUUUACAGUCCUCACCCAGUUUACAGUCCCCCCUUUUCUUAACCUUAUUCCGUGGCAUUAUUCGGGUUUUCACGGCUAACAUUGGAUAACAUACUUGCCAUUGAACGUUUCGCCUAUGUAUUCUUAAUAUGAAUAUUCGAAUUGCAAUGUAGAUACGUCUACCUACAAAUAGAAUAGCACCUUCUUUGGUGAAACCGCGUGUGUGUUGGUCACUAUUGAAGUGACAGCUUCCUGCUGUCUCUUACCACGUGUGGAUAAGUCACCAGAGGAGUGCCGUCGCGCGAACACUUGCAAGACUGCAAUCGGUAUCGGCCCCUCAGCCUGACGUGUGAAAUAGUUUUUUUUGUCCAUUUAAAGUAUUUAACUUCAUGUCGCAACGCAUUCGGGAACACUGCAGCCCGUCGACUGCAUGUUAAAGUGUGCUAAACGGCGGUAAUCUGCUUUAAUUUGUGGUCGGGGACAUGGUGGGCUCGCCGCUCCGGCCUGGAGAGACGGCUGGCGCUGCUGGCCACGGUGCUGGGCCUGAUGGCCGUUGGUCUGGCCGUGGCCGUUCUGCUGGUGGCCGUCUCGGCGCCAGGUACAGGUAGCUCGGAGCACCUGAUAGAGCGACGCUCUAUCUCCGCAGCACAGAAUUCGCAGGCUGCCGGUCCGCGGCACCACAUCGAGGACAUCUGCUUCACCAAGGGCUGCGUUCAGGCAGCGUACACCAUCAUGACUAACAUGGACACCAGCGUGAAUCCGUGCGAUGACUUUUACGAGUUCGCCUGCGGGUCGUUCCUCAAGAGCACAGUUAUCCCGGACGAGAAGACGUCGAUCUCGCAGUUCACGGUCGUCGCCGACGCGCUGAAGAACAAGAUGCGGAAGCUGGUGGAGGCGCCUGUGGCCGAGGACGAGCCCGAGGCGACCAAACUCAUCAAAAACCUCUACGUCAGCUGCAAGGAGAAAGAGAGGAUCGAGGAGCGAGGCCUACAGCCGCUGCAGGACGUCCUGGAGAAGAUGAAAGGCUGGCCGGUGGUCGAAGGCGACAAGUGGGACGAGGAGGGCUUCCACUGGACGCGAGCCAUCUACCGCAACCGCGCGCUCGGCUACUCCAUCGACCACAUGUUCGACUUCUCCGUCACGACCGACGUGAAGAACUCCUCCUGGCGCAUCCUUGACUUCGACCAGGCUUCGCUGGGUCUUCCGCGCAAGUACCUCAUCAAGGGGUUUGAUGACCCGGACAUCCAGGCCUACUACAAGUACAUGGUGGACAUGGCGGUGAUGCUGGGAGCUGAGAAGGAGCGCGCUCGUUCCGAGCUGAAGGAGUCCCUCCUGUUUGAAAUCCAGCUGGCCAACAUAUCGCUGCCGGCCGAGGAGCGGCGCAACAUCACCAAACUCUACAACAAGAUGACGCUGGGCGAGAUGUCGCGGCUGGCGCCUAACAUCCCCUGGGUGACGUACGUCAACAACCUGCUGCGCGCCGCCGGACAUCAGGUCACUGCCGACGAGCCCGUCAUUGUGGACGUGCCCGACUACGUGAAGAAGGCGGCCGCUCUGCUCGAGGUCACACCCAAGAGGGUACAGGCCAACUACAUGCUGUGGCGUGUGGUGUACGGUUCGGUGGGAAUGCUGACGGAGGAGGCGCGUGACGUGCAGCUGGAGUUCUCGGCCAAGCUGACCGGCCAGACGCAGCGCAAGCCCCGCUGGAAGGAGUGCCUCGAGGGUGUCAUGGGCAGCCUGUCGCUAGCCGUCGGCUCGCUGUACGUUCGGAACCACUUCGACCCGACGGCGCGGCAGGCGGCGCUUGAUAUGGUCGAGCACAUCCAUCAGGAGUUCAACAUCAUGCUGGGCGAGGUCACCUGGAUGGACGACAAGACCAAAGAACGCGCCAAGGAAAAGUCGAAGGCCAUCAACUAUCACAUCGCGUAUCCGGAGGAGAUCCUGAACGAGACGGCGCUCGCCAUAGUAUAUGACGGCCUGUACAUCGACGACGAGCACUACUUUGAGAACAACAUCAACAUGAGCGUGUUCGGCACCAACUACGCCUUCAAGAAGCUCCGUGAGCACAUCGACAAGAACGACUGGCGCACUCACGGGUCGGCGGCCGUCGUCAACGCCUACUACAGCCCCAUCGAAAACAGCAUCAUGUUCCCGGCCGGCAUCCUGCAGGGCAUCUUCUACGACUACGACCGGCCCAACUACAUGAACUACGGCGGCAUCGGCUUCGUGAUCGGGCACGAGAUAACCCACGGCUUCGAUGACACGGGCCGGCAAUUCGACAGCAAGGGCGACUUGCUGGACUGGUGGGAGCCGGUGACCAAGCGCCGCUUCCUGAAGGGUGCUGAGUGCAUGAUCCACCAGUACGGUAACUACACCGUGCCCGAGAUCAACAUGAAGAUCAACGGCAUCAUCACGCAGGGCGAGAACAUCGCGGACAACGGCGGUCUGAAGGAGGCGCGCCGCGCCUACCAACGCUACCAGGAGGAGCACGGCGUGGAGCCGGCGCUGCCGGGGCUACAGCAGUACAGCAGCGAGCAGAUGUUCUGGCUGACGUCGGCCAACUCCUGGUGCCAGACCGUGAAGGACCAGACGCUCAAGAACCGGAUGCUCACCGACUCGCAUUCGCCGGCGCGCGCGCGCAUCAACGUGCCGUUCAGCAACUUGGAGCAGUUCUCGCAGGACUGGAACUGCCCGGCCGGCUCGGUCAUGAACCCGGCGCACAAGUGCACCGUCUGGUAGAGGGCAGCACGGUCGCGCUGCCGGCGGGCCCGGGAGCCGACCGCGCGUCGCGGCCGGAGCCGCCUCCGCCGACCAGCCUUCUCGGCAACCCGGCGGUCAGCGGGGCUGAAAUUCUUGUUACUUUGUACAUAGUGCCAGCUGUUAUGGUGUACUGCGGCGGCGUGGCUCCUUGCCAGCGGGACCGACGCCUGUUGUGUUUUGGUAUGAUAAGCACUUGGGGGCUCGUUUCCCACUAGAGCCGCCCGGCAUCUGACCUGCGCGCGCCGUCUGGGUCUCUCCGCAUCAUUCCUGCGCCGCCGUCCGCGUCCGUCGCCCGACGCUCGCACCGGUGCCGCCCAUGCGGGAGUGGCGAGGCGUCGCCCAGCCUCCCUUGUCCACGCGCGUCCCACGCCGCGCUGGGCCUUCAGUGCUGGCCCGCGGUGCCAUCGAUCCUUCCUGCCUGGAUCACUUGACUUCCAUCGACCGUGAAAUAUUUUAUGACCUGUAUGAUAUUCGUUAUACCUAUGCACGCAAAGACACACUCUUUCUAUAUGCUAAAGGUAUGUUAGCUCUGUGAUGCGUGAUUCCGUGCCCGUGUACCGUCGUGUUGGUUGAUGGCGGCCGCCCCGCCAGUGCUGGAUGUGCCCGCUCCGGGUGCGCCCCGAGCCCCGUGACCCGAGCUCCUGUCCACGGCGCCGCGUCCUCAUUGCAGCUGAACGGCGUGUUGACGCAAGACGAGAAUAUCGCCGACAACGGCGGCGUGCGGCUGGCGUACCGGGCGUACCAGCGGGCGGCGUUACGCCGGCCGCCGCGACUGCCGGACGUGCCGCUCACCGGCCGCCAGCU